AUGAAGUACGAAAAGGGUCUUGUUGAUAUACUUCAUGAGAACAAUAAUUCACAUUAUCGUACCCCAAACGGUUGGAGAACAGAGGGGUGGAGGAAAAUUGUUAGGGAUUUCACUGUAAGGUACCCUGAAGCAAAGUUUAGUAAAUCGCAAAUCCAGGAACAUGAGACUCAAUUGAAGAAAGACUAUAAGGUGAUAAAAUCUGUCCUCCAACGUGAUGGUGUCUCAUGGGACCAGAGUGCAUCCAUGGUUAGAACAACAGAUGAAGUCUGGGAUGAGAUAAUUGAGGAUAUGCCCAAGGCACGGAAGUACCAAAGCAAGAGCUUUCCAUUGCUUGACUCACUUGAGCUGUUAUUUGAUGGUCCUAUUCCUGAAGGGGGACAGAAAUCGCCUUCCAGCAUACCUCAGAAUGUUGGUGGAAAUGUUGACGAUGGAGGCAACAAUAUCAGCACAGUCCCAGGCUUGUCUGAAAGACCUAGUGGUAACACUAGCGUUAAUGAGGCAUGGAAUAAUAUCAGCCUACUUCAGCAAACAGCAUUAGGACCCCAAGGUAUAGACGAUCUCGACAUGCUGCAAAAUCGUGAUGAAGAGGUGCUGGAACGACUACAGCAUGGUGCGGACCCAAGGCCACAAAGAGCAGAUGAACAGGCACAGUCAAGUUCUUGUGUAGAACUGCAGAGAGACAGGCGCAAGAAGCGGAAGGUCCUAGACAUCCAGCAGAUCAUGGAGACCUAUUUGAAUUUCAGAAUGAAGCAAGCUCGCGUCAAAGAACAAAGAGCAAAGGAUGCUGAUCAGUUCACGAUUUCAAGCUGUAUCAAGGCUCUGCACACCAUGGCCGAUGUGUCAGACGAGGUCAAGGUAUUAGCCUCUGAUGUUUUCAAGGAUGCUGAGAACAGGGAGAUCUUUCUCUCCUAUGAACCCAGGCUGCGCACCUUGUGGCUCAAGAGGGAAGUUGGCAAGCUACUCUCCUGA